UACUUGUUGUUUGUUUGAGUUAAUCAAAUAAAUUUCAACUUCUCAAUUCGAUAAUUUAACUUAGUAGUGAAAAUAAACUGGUCUAUUUAUCUGGCAACUUUAUUUUUCUCUUCCAUGUUUAUGUUUUUGUUUUUGUCUCUCAUUUUCUGAUUGUCAUAAUUGGACUUUGAAUCUAAUUUAUUAAACUUAAUUCUUUAGUUGAUUGUCUAUUUUUAUAAAUUGUUUUCUUUUCUAUUCCUUUAGUAGAUUAUGUCGAAUUUAUUAACUUUUUCUACUUCAUUAUCAUCUAAAUCAUCAUCUUUUGAAGUGAUCGGUGAAAUUGGAGGUGGUAAUAGUGAUGAGAAUGGUAAUCAGAAUGGUGAUUGUUUUGAUAAGUAUAAUGUUAAUUAUGAAUUCGGUAAAACCACCCUGAAGGCAGGGCACAAUUCACAUGACGAUUGUGGUUCCAAUGGACUACCAACAACACCAAAUUCAAUCUCAAUCAUUGGUAAUUUCAGAGCGAUUGUUGAUUCAAUAAGUCAUCCCAAUAUCUCACAAUAUGUUGACUGUUAUCGGAGUAAAAAUGAAAAGGUUUGCCUUGUCUUUGAAUAUUAUCAGAAAUCUUUUUCUCUGGUUGAUUUCGACAACAUGGUCAGUCAAUUGCUCACUGGACUUCACUUUUUACAUUUACAUUUGAAUAUUGUCCAUGGUAAUAUAACACCCGAGGCUAUUGUCUUCAAUGGUAUCAACUAUAAAUGGAUUCACUGGCCUUUAAAUGUAAUCACUGAAUUCGGUCGAUAUCUUGAUUGUUCUGCUUUAUUACCAAGGAAUCUUAGUUAUGUUCCUCCAGAACGAGCAAUCAAUUUAAAGAGUAAACCAUGUAAACGAUCCGAUAUUUGGUCAUUUGGUUUAAUUGUUCUCUCUUCUCUCUACCCGGAAAUUAAGUUACCUCGUAAUCCAGUUACUCUUGCCGCUUGUAAAACAGUUGAUGAGGUUUUAAAAAGGCUCAAUGUAACUGAAACUUUACCAGCUAAAUGGUCAAAAUAUCAACAAGUAAUCAGCCAGUGUUUAAAUCCAAAGGUAAAUUUAAGACCAACAGUCAAUCAACUGAUGCAACUACUAGAGAUUGAGAUUCCCAACCAUGAGAUUUAUGGUCUAGAUAAACUGAUCAAGUACAAUAAAAUACCCGAUUAUCGUCCAGAUGAAUGUCCAUUGACCAUUCGAGAAGCAUAUCAUUUCUGGUGUCUAUCAUCAACCACUAAUCGUGAUAAAGAUUGUGAUGAGAAACAAGAACCACCCAUAUUACGUUUACCAUCAUUGGUUAUCCUAGAAAGUUCUGGUUCAAUAACAAAUUAUUCCAACAAUUCAUUAACAUCCUCAUCCUCAUCAUCUACAAUCACAACAUCAUCAACAACAAACACAAGUAACACACAAUCAUCAUCUUCCUCAUCAAUAGCAUCAUCAACAUCAAGUAUUGUCUCAUUUGUACCUCAUUAUAUUGAAGUAUUACCAAUGGAUAAUUUAAAGAGACGAUUGAAUGAAUUGGAUCCAACAAUAAUUUAUCCACUAAUAUCAACCAGAUCAAAGAAUGAAAUUAAAUCGGACACCGAAUCACCUCUUCCAAUUAUAAUUCGUGAGAAUGAUUUCACGUACCAAGUUGAGAGAACACUUUUAUUCCGACGUUUAUGCAACGAAAGUCCAUUUCUUCGAGAUGAUCUACUCAAGUCUUCGGCCAUCGACAUACCACCCGCUUAUCGAGCCCAAGCCUGGGCCGUAAUCCUGGAAGUAGAUUGGAAUGAUUUACUAAUCUACGAUAAAAUAGACAAACUAACGCCAACUUCAACCGAUCGUCAGAUUAGUGUUGACAUUCCCCGAUGUCACCAAUACAAUGAUCUUCUAGCAUCGCCCAAGGGACACAAGAAAUUUUCCCGAAUACUCAAAGCUUGGCUUCGUCACAAUGAACCUCACUACGUAUAUUGGCAGGGAUUAGAUUCACUUUCGGCUCCUUUCGUCCUUCUCAAUUUCAACGAUGAACCAAUGGCCUUUGCCUCUUUCAACGCUUUCAUUCACAAAUAUCUUCGAGGAUUUUUCUCCAAGGACAAUUCUCAAACAAUCCAAGAAUAUCUCGCCCUCUUUUCCCAUCUGAUCGCCUUUCAUGAUGUUAACCUCUUCAAUCACCUUUACCACCUUAACUUUACCCCUGAACUUUACUGUAUCCCCUGGUUCUUGACCAUGUUCACUCAUGUCCUUCCCUUACACAAGAUUUUCCAUGUUUGGGAUACCCUGUUACUCGGCGAUGAAUCUUUCCCUCUAUCAAUUGGUUUAUCAAUUCUCAAACAACUACGAGAUCAGCUUGGUUAUACCUUUAAUGAUUGUAUCCUCAUCUCAAGUGACCUGCCGGAGAUUAACAUUGACCAGUGUGUCCAAGACGCAAUUCAAUUUGUAAAAACAACUCCACCAAGUGCUACCAAAAGAGGACUGUUUCCAACUAAUGAAUUGGUCAGUGAGAUUUGCCCUCGGAUCACAAUGGAUGAUUUAAUUGACGCUUGGGAAUCUGGUGAACGGGUGAUAAUUGUUGACCGACGUUCAGAAGAUGAUUUAAUUCAAUAUGGAUCAAUCGAGGAUGCAAUUAGGGAAUAUGAUAUAAAUAUAAUUAAGACACAUACCAAGGAACACUAUUAUUUAUUAGCAGUGAUUAACGAUCUUCCUUUGGCCGCUCAACUUGUCCUCGAAUCUGUUGGACGGACAGUCAGUGUAUUACACGAACACAAGAUUCCAUAUCAAUUGAAAAUCUCAUCCAACGUAUCAGCUAAUUAGAUUAUCCAACAGAUUAGUCAAUCAAAUAACAACAAUCACAAUUAAAUCAACUUUUUCACUGAGAAUAUAAUAACAUUACAAUCAAUCACUUUAUCUGGUCAUCGUAAGGUUUAAAAAGUUUAAUCAACAAUCAAGAUUAGAUCUCAUAAAGAAAUACACAAAUGAUAAUCAUCCCGAUUAAUCAACUGUUUUUAAUUGUCUGGCAAUCAAUUUCUACUAUUACUCUAAUUGUCUGCUCUUUACAACAGACAAUUUAAUUGGACACAAUGAUAUCAUCUAAAUUAUAAUGCACUCCUAAUCAUCAUUAUACACUUUCUCUCGUUAUAAUAUAUUGUAUCACUGGUCACAAUUUAAAUUGUAAUUUUUAUUAUUAUUAUUUUAGGUUUAAAAUUAAUUGAUUUGUUUUUCUUA